AUGCAAUUCAAAUCUGUUAUCGUCGCUUUAGCCGCUGCUACCGCUGUCUCUGCUGCCUCUAACUCCACUGUUGGUGGUGCUUCUAACUCCACUGUUGGUGGUGCUUCUAACUCCACUGUUGGUGGUGCUUCCAACGGUACCGCUGGUGGUGCUUCUAACGGUUCCUCCGGUUCUUCUGGUUCUACUGGUGAAUCUGGUGCUUCCAUCGUCGGUGCUGGUGUCGUUGGUGCUGUUGCUGCUGCUGGUGUCGCUUUAUUAUUCUAA